AUGCCGGCCAUUCCCCAACCCAAAGCUAAGAGAGACAGGGAUGGCGUUUUGGAGGAUUCUGUUCACGGUUGGGUCACCAAAUUCCUGACAGACCGACAGGUUGAGGAACCAAGCGGUCCAUUGCCCCCAGUAUCUCCAGUGCCGCCAGGAUCUCAAGUUCAGUGUUCUGGAUGGGGAUGCCUCAGUGAAGCACAGCAGGCUGGGGUUCUUGUUACCAUUGUUGUGGUAUUCCUAUCUCUCUUUCUUGGUCUGAUUUUCUUUCUACGAUCGAAAAAGAAGCAGGACAAUUGGGUUGAUGGUGACCUCAUCCUUGUCCGGACCAGAAGACGACCGAGACCCAGAAGCCAAGCGGCCUCUAUCAAGUCACAGCACUCGCGCUUCUUCUUCAGACAUGAGGGACUGACAGGCACGCAACAGCCUCCUCAAGUAUUGAUCGCUCAUCCGACAAUUCUUCUUAUUUCUCCACCUCCUCCUCUGCCAGUCCCGGUUCCCCUUCCCAUGCCAAUGCCGAUGCCAUUCCGACCACCUCAACCGAUCUACCCCUAUCCGAUGGCUUAUCAGGCGAACCAGGCAAAUCAGUACUAUCCGAUGAGAGCGCAAGCAUUUGGAAACUCUCAAGAGCCCUCUGCAGUCCCGGCAUUCCCGAUCAAUGCCCAGUACCAACAGCAACCGCAGCCUUAUCCUCUAGCCCCGCAACACCCUCAUUAUCCAUGGAAACAGGAGCCUGGCCUUCAGCAAAGUGAGCAGCGCUCUCAAAAGCCCCCGCGAAGAAGGCUAUCACUUGCCCGAAGGCUCUUCAGUCUGUUCAACGACCCAGUCGGUAGAGCGUCAACCAUUGCCAGCUCUGACUCGGACUCAACCCGAGCUCCAUCCAUACGCAGCAGUCACCAUUCGAGGACCUCAGCGACAUCUGUUGCUACGCCGCCUUCUCCUGAAAUGCGGAUCAAGAGGACUGCAGCGCAUGAAGCAGACGCGAUGAGACCGCUUGAAGUGUCUCCCGCGGUUGCCACUGUCCAGAGUGACGACUACGUCACUCCUACAACUAUACAGGAUGCUUUGUCAGUCCCAGCCAACUCGGGUAGCGAAGUUCAAUGUGAACCGCGGGGGAAGGCCGCCACCACCGAGUCUCCGGUCAAGAAACAAGUUCAGGCUGAGCGUGAUAAUACAAAGACAUGUCCGACUUCCAUACCGCUCUGCGAAGACACCGAAACUGCUGGAACUUAUCCUAGUCGCCCUGUCGCCAAGCCCCUUAAGAGUGCCCUAAAGAAUGGAAAAAAAUCAGCUGCAGGAGCCAGAUUAUGCAAUACGAAGAACGAUCAGAAGCCCUCGGCCAAAGAAGAUAGCGAUCAUGUGGACUUCGCGUCUAGUCGCACCGUCACUUCGCCAAUGGCCGCGGAAGCCAGCUCGAGCAAGGGCAAAGAAAAGCGGCAGCAGGGGAAAUCCGUUGAUAAACAUAGCCCCAAGGAGAACGCAGUCCGCGAAGUUAGUCGAGAUCAUCCAGACGUCUUAGGCACAGCCGUACAUUCUGCCGAGACGCUGAAGGAGCCAGUACCGGAUCCUCAAAGCAGCCCGGUCAAAACAAGAGAGAAGAAACAUGACCAGAGCUCGAGUCCCAACCAGCACUUACGGAGAUUAUCGAGUAGAACUGAAGAGCUUCGAUUCGACGUGUCUUGUUCUGAUGUCACGGAGACCAGUGACUCGCUGAGCGACGACUCGCCGCCUCCGUCUCCUCCGAGACCAAUCCACCAGGGCGGUGGUAAGUAUGCUCCUGAGCAGCUGCGAAGGAAGCCAUCAAGCAGAGCGUACUAG